AUGCAACCGGACAACUACUUCAUCCUUGCUCAGAUUUAUUGUUUGCUCUUGCUAAUAAUCUGCCCCUCGUGGAUUUUGUGUACGGGAAAGAAAAAAGUUAAUCCUUCUUCUACUUCUUCGGUCAGUGCUCAGCAAUCUGGUAGAAGUCAAAAAAAAAAGAUCCCUUGAACCAAUGUCAGCAAUUAAACCAAUCACUGAACCAUCUGCAAGUGUCAUGGGUCAAGUUAAAAAUGAUGUAAAGAAGGAAGAACCAAAAAAUGAAGAAAAAAAACCAGGCGAUGAAAAUAAAAAUCCUGCUGCAGUCGGCGCUGAAGGAGCUGGAGCCGCUGAGAAACCGCAGGACAAAUCACAGAAACCGUUCCCAGAGAUUAAGAUGCCAACGGAGAGUAUGAAAAAGAAGAAGAAUACUGAUAAUGAGAUUGACAAAAGGAAGAAAAUGAAGACUGGUUUCUACCAAGAAAAGUCGGAUGAAGAUGAUACAUUGGAGAAAAUUGAAAGUCUUAAAGUUGAGCAAUCUGAUAAGACCAAGAAAUCGCAGAAAAAGAAAUUGACAUUGGAAAAUGGGGAAAAGAAGGUUUAAUG